AUGCACAGGCACAGGGAGACCCUCCUCUCAAGCGAAUGCCAAAGCUCAGGAAAGAUCAGUAAAAACCUUGUUUCAAAGGCUUUGAGUGAUAAAAGGAAAUUCCCCUUUUUCCACCAGAUGCUCCCCAAAGAAGGAUUCCAGUACCCAGCAAUUGUCCACCUGCUCCUCCAUUUCAGAUGGACCCUGAUUGGCCUCUUUGCUUCAGACACAGAGAAGGGAGAGAAUUUCAUGGGGAUUUUUAUUCCUAUGCUUGUCAGGAAUGGAAUUUAUGUGGUUAUAUCACAAGUGUUCUCAACAACUGGAUACACAGCUUCCCUCAGGGAUUCCCUCUCUAAGUGGAGACAAGUGAACGUCUUUGUUCACUUCAUGGAAAGUAUUCCCAUUAGGGACAGAAUUCUUCCUUUCCAUUUAACACUUAUGCAUUUGCCAGGACCCAUUGGAGGGAAAGUCUGGAUCUGUACAGCUUUGGGAAGAUUAGUUUUGGGAAAGCACAGACUUCUCAAAUACAUCCAUAGUAUUUGGAACUUUGACUAUCUGGGGAAAAAAAGGCCAAUGGAUUCUGCCUUUGAACCCAAUUUCUUUGUGGAAGAAAAGUUUCAAGAUCUUUAUUUUCUCUGUUCUCUUUCAAAGAACGUCUUUUCUGUCAAAGGCCGCAGAAGAUGCACCCAGAAAGCCCCACUGGAGACCCAGGAGAAAAGGAACAGAAGAUGGAUCCCAAAUUAUCACCUUUUCUACAGUCUCAUUCAGACUCUGGCCCAGGCCUUGAACGCCGCCUAUUCCUCCAGAUGGAGGAGGGGAAGGAAGGAGGGCGAAGGGAGGCUGGGGGCUCAAAGGCUGCAGACAUGGCAGUCCCUGCCUCAGUCCAAAUGUGUGGAAAGUUGUCAUCCUGGAUUUGUCAAGAGGGCUCGAGAAGGAGAGCCAGUUUGCUGCUAUGACUGUGUUCCUUGUCCGGAGGGGACCUUCUCCACUCAGGAAGAUACAGAAAAAUGCACCAUGUGUCCAGAUGAUAAAUAUCCAAAUAAGAACAGAGUCCAAUGUAUCCCCAAGGUUAUAACUUUCCUGUCUUAUGAAGAACUUCUGGAUUCAGAGCCAAAUCUGAUAUCACUGCAAGGAACUGGACGUGACCUGGAAGGAGAGUCCUAUCCAGCUCCAUUGGGACCUCAAAGGCCUGAGGAGAAGCAGCCAAACAGCCAAGAGGAGAAGUCAUUUCAGUGCUCGAUGGGAGGAAAAAGGAAGAGGAGAUCCCUCACUUCCCAUCAAAGGAUCCCCUCGGAAGGAAGAUCACCUCAAGGCAUGGAGUGUGGAUCUCCACCAUAG